AUGAUACGGCCCGAACUCUUGGUGAUAUGUUAGAAUGUGAGCGGCAACGCAACAUGAAAAAUCAGGAUUUGGUCCUGGAAAAUGAGAAAUCUGUGGAGAAGCUAAAGGAGGUUAUUUCAAUGAAUGCCUCAGAAUUUUCCAAGCUACAGCAGGAAGUUGAAGACCAGAAGAAGCUGAACGCUAAACUCAGCCAGCGAAUCAGGUCGUUGGAAAAGUCUCAGAGGGAUCUGGAAGCCACUCUCCAUGAUAAGGAUGAUAGCAUUGGUGUAAGUUACCCCAGCCGGCCCAGCCUGAUCAUGAACACUUGGAAAACAAACCCACUGUGA